UGGGGCGGAGACCGUCGCAGGUCCUGAGGCGCCUCCGUCGUCUUUCCCACUCUCCGCCCGCUUUCCAAGGCAUCUGUCCAGCCUGCAGCCCAUGUCAAUGCUGCAAAACGGCUGUGUGUCUAGCGGGUCUGAGCCUCUCCCGGGCGGCCAGUCUUUCCAUAGGUUGCGGCACUACACCAGGCAUAGAAGAGGAAGGAAAUUACCCCCAUUGUGAAGGUCCAUUUGUGGCAGGUCUGCUGUAGCAGGUGGUGCCGCUUGAAGUGAGGGAGGAAGUUUCCUCGGAUCAGUAGAGGUCUACAUCCAGAAUCAGCUGUCCUGGCCUUGAAGUCGCUGAAGAUCACCCUCCACAGGCCUGCAAGAAGACUCACAGCUCUUCUCCCACAGCCUGAGUGACGACUAUAUUCCUUGGUCCCUGCUGUUGUCAGGGACGAUUGCAUGGGCUACGCCAGGAAAGUAGGCUGGGUGACUGCAGGCUUGGUGAUUGGGGCUGGCGCCUGCUAUUGCAUUUACAGACUGACCCGGGGGAGAAAACAGAAAAAGGAGAAAAUGGCUGAGGGUGAUUCUGGGGAUGUGGAUGAUGCUGGGGACUGUUCUGGGGCCAGGUACAAUGACUGAUCUGACGAUGAUGAGGACAGCAAUGAAAGCAAGAGUAUAGUUUGGUAUCCACCUUGGGCCAGGAUUGGGACUGAGGCUGGGACCAGGGCAAGGGCCAGGGCAAGGGCCAGGGCUACUAGAGCGCGCCGGGCUGUUCAGAAACGGGCUUCUCCCAAUUCAGAUGACACUGUUUUGUCCCCUCAGGAGCUACAGAAAGUUCUUUGCUUAGUUGAGAUGUCUGAAAAGCCUUAUAUUCUUGAAGCAGCUUUAAUUGCUCUGGGUAACAAUGCUGCUUAUGCAUUAAACAGAGAUACUAUUCGUGAUCUGGGUGGUCUCCCAGUUGUUGCAAAGAUUCUCACUUCUCGGGAUCCCAUAGUUAAGGAAAAGGCUUUAAUUGUUCUGAAUAACUUGAGUGUAAAUGCUGAAAAUCAGCGCAGGCUUAAGAUGUACAUGAACCAAGUGUGUGAUGACAGGAUCACUUCUCGCUUGAACUCAUCUGUGCAGCUGGCUGGACUAAGAUUGCUCACAAAUAUGACUGUUACUAAUGAGUAUCAGCACAUGCUUGCUAAUUCC